AUGCAAUUAGUUCAUGUACAAUUUCUUUGCUUUCAAUAUCAAGAAAUUAUUAUUUUACAUAUAUUAAAUUUAUCAAUUAUUGUUCAUGUUAUAAUUAUGAAAUAUACAAACAAGUAUAUAUUGAUACAUUGUCAACACAUUUAUAUCUCUUUAAAAUCCACUAAUUUAAAAAUUUGUUUUAAUAGUGGUUUCACAGAUGUAACAUCAUGUAUGAGUGAUGAAUCAAUAAAUAUCUUAUACAUGUCCAGAAAGAUAGUUAAAAAUGAAUCAACAAAUCAAGCAAAAUUCAAUAUUUAUAGAAAGAAAGAACCAUAUCAAAGAAUUGAAUUUAGUUUAACAAUUGAACAAUCAAAUGAAGGAAUAACAUUAAUUAAAUAA